GAUUAUUGAAUAUAACAAAGAAAUGUCAUCAAUCCUAAAAUGAAUCCUCAACGUAGUAUCAUGACCUUGAAGAUUACUAAAACAGGUCCCUAGAAACAACAAGCAUAGAAAAAGGAAGCACAAAUCCAACGCACAAGAUGAGGCAGGAAUUUAAAGGAAAUCCGAUAAAUGUAAAGGCACUCAAAAAGAAUAAAAAUAAAAAAUAGAAGAAAAAGAAAAAAUUUAAGACUCAAAAAACAUUCAAAGAACCCUAAAACCCCAAAAAUCCCACCCUUCUCCAAAACCCCACCCCUCAAUCCAGCAGCUCUAGUCUUAGUAUUGCUUCCGGGUUAUUUUAUAGAAUCACCUCCAAGAAUAAUCCACAAAGAAAUAACAUUUUAUCCCAGCAAAUCUCCUUCUCCUCCUGAAAAGCAUCAUGAAAACUUGAAUGAUUCAUUUUUCGAACUUAGCAGUGUAUUCAAACAAGCAAAUACAAAGAAGGAUCGAGAUUCAACUUGUGAAGAAGUAUCUAACCAGAGAUAUUUUAAAAUACACAAGAAGAUGCCAUUUGGCACGAAGGAAGAUCUAUUCAGACAAGACUCUUUUAAUAUAAACCCACUUAAUAGUGUCAACUCAAAUCUUAAGAACGCAAUUGAUAAUAUGGGACCGAUGUCAUCUGUUGUUUUCAAGUCUAAGAAGGAAAGUGAUAAUAUUACUCUUGGAAGAAGCAGAGUGUCUUCUAAAACUAGUUCUAACAAAAAUCAGCACACGGGAUCUCUUCAUGAUAUUUGAGAGAAGGAGGAAUACUUUAAAAACGAUGAAUUAAAUUCUAGCAAUCAUGUAAUAUAUUUUCAUCUAAUUGUCUGUGUUAUGAGCCUCAAUUACCUCUAAUGUAUAGAAAACCAUUGGAAAAAUACAAACUCCAAUUUUGAAGCCCUCGACAACUCUCCAAAUUCCAGAUUGGUACUAUCAGGCUAAGCAAGACUCACAAAGGUCUGAUUUUGAUAACAGGCAUUUAAGACCAAGAGUUUUUUCAGUAAAGAGUGCAAAGUCGAGCUUUACACCACAGACACCAUCUAUUCGUAAAUCAACCAGUUAAGUGAUU